UCACAAAAUAUAAUCACAGUUGAAUCACAAGAGAAAUGGACAGAAGAUGAACUAGUAGAAUUUGAGGAAGUAAGAACAAGGCUUCUCAAUUCAUCUUUGUGGUCAACUGAAAAUUUACGUAUCCGUUUGGAAGAACUUAACCAACGAUGCUCGAUAGAAAAAUCUGUGAAGAAGAAUAGUAAAAUCUUUACAUAUGAUUAUUUACGUUUUCUUAGUAUACAUCGAUAUAUACAAUUAUUGUUAGAAGGACAAGGUAAAAUGGAUGCUGCUAACCAAAUUGCAUGUUUUAUAUGGAAUAAAGGGAGUUAUAUGGCUAAAUGUGUUUGGAUAUGGGGAAAUCAUUACAUAAAAACAGGGGAGCUUCUUCCUUACCGCCAAGGUAAACAUACCAAACUCGAAAGCUUGAUUGACGAUGAGGAUUUUAGUGAAAAUUGGGAGAAAGAAUAUGUUCAAAUAAUACAUGAUGAGUGUUAUUUCUAUGCUAACGAUGGGCGGCGACGAAUUUGGAUUCAGAAAGGCAAAAAUAUUUUGUGCCCAAAACAUCUGGGACGUUCUAUAAUGCUGUAUAAAAAUCUAUAUAUUAAAGAUAAAGAAACAUUUGUGAUUCAUUCUGUUCAGAUGGAUGGAUAUUGGAAGGUGGAGCAUAUGCUUGACCAGCUU